UGGGGACAGAGCAGGACUGGCGUGUAAACUGGACGCAGUCAAGGUCUUUCUCUUUCAUACAGUCUACUUCAUGGGCAGCAUGGUCACCCAGGCCAGGAGGAAUGCUGGCUGCGCGAUUUUCGGCGAAACACUUGUGCGGUGUAACCAUCUACUGAGUAGCCUCUUGUUCAUCGUCCUCCCAUUUUUGGCUAAACAGAGCUACAUCUUCGUCUUUGUCAUACGGACUUUGCAAGGACUCCUUGAGGGUCCAUCUGUUCCUGCUGCCGCCUCUGUUGUGUCCGCCUGGGGACCAAAACGAGAGCGUACCCGCCUUCUGACCAUCACCUACGCAGGAGCUUACUUGAGUCCAGCCGUGGGAUUCUUUGUCACCGGCGUGACGGUGUGCAGGGUCAGCUGGGACAGUGUCUUCUUCAUUUAUGGAGGACUGGGGGUACUGUGGUUCAUAUUGUGGACUGCACUAGUGUACGACACCCCGGAGGCCUGCCCACGAGGCUGCAUGUCAGAAAGAGAACGAGUCCUUUUGAUACAGGAGAGGCCAGUCGUCACACGAGGCAACCAGGCUGUGAUGAAAGCAAUACCAUGGAGAAAGAUUUUAACCUCAGUUCCGGUCUUUGCUGUGCUUGUGGGCGCCUUCUGUAGGAACUACGUGUUCUCCAUGCUAAUCACAGCACAGCCACAGUAUUUCCACGACGCCUUCACCAUGGACGCGGCGGAGAUCGGGUUGAUGUCGGCAAUACCCAGCAUCCUCAUGACAGUUGUCGUCAUCUGUGGCGGUUUCCUGUUUGACUGCAUCAUACACCGCCAGUACGUGUCCAGAACAUGCGCGCGCAAACUGGCGCAGUCGAUUGGUUUUGGAGUGGAAGCUCUGUGUUUGAUAUUUUUAUUCCUCGUCACAUCAUGGCAAGGAGCUGUAGCGUUGUUUUGUGUCGGGGUUGGACUGAGCGGUUUCGCCAUCUCAGGUUACCAAGCCAAUCCUCUGGAUUUGUCACCACAGUACGCAGGGCUGCUCACAGGUCUCGGUCGUGUGGGAACUAUAGGAUCCAUUAUCUCCACAGCUGUCGCUGCUGCAUACAGUCAACACUCUGCCCUUCACUGGCGAGAACUGUUCCUAGCGGCCGGCGUGAUUCACCUGGUGGGGGUGAUCCUGUACGACCUGAUGGCUAGCGGCAACCUCCAGCCCUGGGACCCGACCACAUCCGUGUCCUUCUCUGUGGGUGACACCUCCUCCGGCAAAGAAGCGAGUGUGCAGUUGCCGCCUCCAAAGAGACGGAUCCUCUCCUGCGAGUGGACAGAGAGCUGGUCGGUGUGGGCUUCGACCGGUGGGACAGUUUCGUGCAGGGCUAGGACCACUGCACCACUCGCAGUAGUGGCACGACCUGCGGGACAGCUUCGUGCUGCGCUGACAGUUGCCGUCAGGCGGAGAGUUCUCUGGAGCCAUACGUUUGAAAACGUUUGAGAGAUGGAGAGCGUAAUCUCUAUAAAAUAUUCAGUAGGUCAAUAGAUGUGAACAAGAGUAUUCACUGCCGUGUCUUCGACAUAUCCAGGGAAGUGAGGUACGAGGUGGGACUGGCUACUUCACAAGCUGCUCGUGAUAAUCAUGUUUAUUGUUAAAACUUGUCUUCACAGAUCUACCUUUACUCCCUAUAACCGUAAAGCUUUUAAGAGACCUUAACAGGUCAUAUACUAAAUUACUUAUAGUCAGAUAUCCUCUUUAAGAGACCCGACGUCCGCAUACGAAAUAUUUGUUUUAGAGAGAGAUGAAUAGACAGAAAAAUCUCAAGUAGCUUACCAUUGUCCUUUCUGCCAAGAAAUGACAGAGGAUGAAGUACAUGUGCUCUAUGUACUGUUGUUUAUACAAAUCUGAGAGAUAAAUAUUGUAAAAUAUUGAAGGAAGCACCUUAUAUUCUCAAGCAUUUAUACUGCAGCGUCAAUGAGUCGGUAGACUUUUUAUAAUCUUGAUUACAAGAGAUAGAAUGAUGCCUAAGGGUGGGUAUGGGGACUAUGGUAGUUGGACGGAGGUGAAAGGUAUUAUAGGGGUGUGCAAGUGUGUGUACAAGCCUCUAAUGUUUCCUAGUAUGUCUUUGCUGUAUAAUUAUGUGUGUUUAGGAAUUUGUGAGAAUACAGGGGAAUUAUGAAUGAAAAGUGUAUAGAUUUGGGUGCAUCGCCAGAUUUGAGGAGGUUCUCGCACCCUUGAAGUAGCCAGUGUGCUUAAAGCAAUAAAAGUUAUGUCUGUGUCACCUGUAAUUAAUUGCCUUUACCUAUUUUUCCAGAAACCUCUUUCUUUCUUUAGAACUUACCUAUGUUUAACAUUCCAUGGUAUAUUCCUGUGUGUGCGCAUGCUUGCAUCCAUGUGUGUGU